UUUUCUCCUGCUCCAUUCCCGCAACCGUCAUUGGCAGCUUGGGUCCAACAUAUCAUGGUGGAUAACACAAUCUUCGACUCCCUUUGCGCCGAUUUUGAGGACAUCUUGUACUCAGACCUAGAAGGUCAUGCCUCCGAGCUUCUAUGUAUCAAAUAUCUCCAACAAAUCUCGGACAGCCGGAGCAAAAAGCUUGUCAGGGGCGUCAUCAUGGGCGCCAAUCUCAGGCCGAUUAUAUCGCUGCAUGUCCAGAUCACAGAGGCUAUUACGACCAUGUCAGGAACCCCCCAUCCGGUGAAUGUCCAUUUUCUCCACGUUGCAGCCUCAGCCCAAACCUACAUGUCCGAAGAAGCAUUGAGGGCCAUUGGCGUCGAGGAUGCUGUUGUUGUGGGCGAGUCCGUGGACAAGACCAAGACUUUACGGCUCCCGCUCCUGAUCAAUGGCUACAGGGUUCUUGUGUCGCCGUCGCCGUCAGAGUCGCACUUUGCACACAUCAACAUUCUAGGUGAAGACUUUAUCCAUGCUUCGAGAGCGCAGGUGUUUUUCGGUGGAGAUCCACCUCGGUUCGAGAUCGCGUUUCCAUGAUCAAUCAUUGCUUGGAUGGCUUUUUGCAUUUCUCCUUUAGUCUGUUCUGUAACAUGGUUCUCGUAAUAUUUCACUCCUUUCUUUGCCUUUGUAAUCGAGCCCAUCAUUUGAUGUUUCGAAUACUUUGAUUUAUGCCGAU